CAGGACCUUUUUCCUACCACUGAGUUAUUUCGAGCAGUUUUUGUACUUAAGAUCGCUGAGUAAGAGCAAAAACCAAUCAGGAGAGCACAAAACUGAGGAUACAGAGAUGGACUGAACACAUGCCAUUACAUUCCCCUAAUGGAUACACCAGGAUUGCUGUGCUUCCUCACCAUCCUACACCCAAAUCGCACCCCUCUGCUCCAUACCACACAGUGAUAGGGCCUCAGCUUAAGUCAAACCAAACCAGAACUCAGCUUUUGCCGAUCUCCCUGGGCCACUCAGCCACACCAGGACACCGGGCACCCCAACAGCUGGAACCUCUUGGGCGGGCUGAGGUCUGUGAAAGCAGCGACAAGCUGAACGAGCUUCAACGUGUGCGAGACCACAUGAAGGUUACUCCUUUCCCCACUGCCGCUGUCACCACACUGCUUUCCGACCACUCAGCGGUAGCACCACCGACACUCUGCACGCUACCACGGCUGUACUGCAGCCCCUCCGGCCCCGUCCCGGCGCGCACGGAGCCGGAGCUGCGCGGACAGCCCCACUCCCGCCCCAGCGCGGAGACCGUCCCGAGCCCCCGCCGCCUCCACUCCGUACUGCCCCUGACGCGCCGCCGACGGGCAGCGGAGAGAGCCAAUGGGCGCGUCCCGCCGCGCCGGCGUCAACCAAUAGGAACGCGCGAGGUGGGCGUGGCUCGGCGGGGAGCGUUGCGGCCGUUGCGAACGAUGAGGGAGCGUACUGCGCUCUCCGGCGCCUCCCCCGCUCCUUUCCUCCCUCGGGGGGCGGCGGCCGCCGGGAGCCUUACCUGCGGCGGACAUGGCGGAGGGGGCGGUGGAACGCGGGGACCCGAUCGGCCCGGGGGGGCGGCGGAGCGGGCCGGGUCUCCGGCACAGGCAGGAGUCUAUCCAGAUAAUACAUUGUGAAGCCAUUAUCCAUUCAUAAGGAGGUAAUUAAAAGUAAAUGUCUUCAGUCAGUGGAGCUGGAUAACUUGCAUUUCAGAAAUUAAGAGAAGUGCUGAAGAAUUGUUAUGACCAAUAAUGCUGGGCACUAGAAAAGUUUCAGGGGGAUGUUGUCAAGCUGGUAGUUAAAAACACAAUGGGGACAAGCUGGGUGGACAACUGGUCAGUCUGUCUUUAAUCCAGAAAUCAGAACACCUAAUACAUUCUUCUGUCAGCAAAUAAAGAAUUAAAGGAGAUAAAUGUAAUUAAUGCAAUUCAAAUAGCAUAAUGGAAAUCAGUGCUAAGCUUGCAGCCAGCUCUUGGCUGCCCUUUUCCCCAGGAGCUGCCUGGUUAGGGGGAUGGUCAGGCUGAGAGAAAGUUCCAGCUCCAAGAGGUGACAGAACUAACAGCAUAGCAGUUGGGAGAUCAAACUUAUAAAACUAAGUAAGUGUAACACUGCUAAAUGGGGAUGCGUGACAUACCCAUGAUCCAGAAAGUACCUGAUUAUUGGAAGCGACAUUUAAGCACCUAAAAACCCCCGUGUUCACGUGAAAGCUUCAAAACACCUGUGUGGGUGGCUGUCCAGUCCUGAAAAUGCUGUUACCUUUUUAACUGAUGAUGCUACCACUGCCCCGGUGCAGGCGUGCAUUGUGUUGAUAUCUCUGGGUCUGAAUGGUUGUCAUCCAUCUUCUGUGCAACGGGCUCUUGGAAAGGGCUGGUCUUGGAGAUUCAGUAAUGGGAGUGUUCCUCAUUGCCAAGAUGCACUCUCACAGUCUGAAUUUGAAACUGGUACUAAAACAGCAGUUGUGGCUAGUGCUUCCCUUUACUGGAAUAGCACAGUGGUCAGAAGCAUGUGUGGGUAGUGGGAAUCCAGCCCCACACACUGCAGGGAUGGGGAAAGCAGCCUGGCACCACCCCAGCACUCCUCCUGUGCUGCCUCCCCAAUAUACAGUGCUGCUGUGGGUGCAGCGAGGAGCCAAGUGCCAGGAAAAGGCAAAUUGAGAAGAUGGAUGGCUGUAAUCUAGUGACCAGACCAUUGGGGAAGUACUUUGCUUCCCAGAUGUGUAAGUGUUACAAAGAGCAGCAGAUGAAAGCACCAGUAGUACUCCCAAGAGCAGAUGCUAACAUCACUACUUGAAAAGAAUUCUUACAUUUGUCUCUUUUCUGAAAUAAGACUGGUGUGGUGGAUGUGGAAAUGAAGACAUUCUUCAUGUUUGCUAGUUCAAGGAGAAUCCCAUUUGAUUCAGUAUCUGCACUGAAUUGCCAAGCCUCUGUAAAUACCACAGGUAAAGCCUGGAGGUAACUUUGUUGCGGGGGUACAAAUGUGUGUAUUUGAAUUGCACCCUGCAGAGAGAGUCCCAGUGUUUUUGCUGCAGUGUCUGUGUUACAACACCCAUGUCCUUUUUAUCUUCCAAACAAAAAACAACCCUUUCACACUCUUUAGUCUUCCCACACACAUUCUCUGGACAGCAUGAUAGCAGUUUGGCUCUGCUGAGCCAAACACUGCAACCUGAGAAGAGCUUGUGUAUGCAGUGAUAGUGCUUAUAGUAUCUGGUUUGUAUUAUCACUGGAUGGGUUUGACUGUGGUAUGCUAUGUACACAUAACCAAUGGUACAUGCCAAAGCCUGGAUUUUGGAAAGACAAAAGUCACUGACUUCACAUACAUAAAAAAAAAAAAAAAAAAAGGGUAUAUCUUAUGAAGUCUAAUGUUUAAUUUUCUCCUCACUGAGCACAAAAAAAAACCAGACAAGUGUGCAGCAAGCAGAUAAGAAACAGAUUGUGUCUGCCUCUGUGGGCUAACUUCUUCCUACAGUUCUUGCUUAUCUGUAUUUCUGGAUUGGAAGAGGUGCAUAAUACAUCAGCUGAUGAUCUGCGUAACCAUUUAAUACUUGACCAUCUGGUUAAAGCAAGUGUUACGUAAACUGAUUCCCACUUGGAGACUACUCUAGUACCACACCCAUGGGGAAAUCUUCAUAUCUUUGCAAGGCAUGAUUUCAGAUAGCUCAGCUGCAUUCCCCAAGGCUGAUUUUUUCCACACUAAGGCACUAGAACUCUGUCUUUCAGCUUUUCUUUCCACAUGCAUUUUUUUAAGAACUCAUGUACAGGGUUGAAAAGCUACUGACAGAAUGACAGAUGAAACAAAAGCUGCUUCCCUUCCCCCUCACCUGCAGGCAUGCAAGUUUAGAACAUUUAGAGCACCUAGCUUCCAGGCCCAGACUUCUUGAUCUCCCAGGAACCAAACUGACUUAAGUUUAAGGGAAAACAAAGAUUAAAUAGUUUGCAGUGUUUAAUGCCCCGAGUCUUACUUUUGGAAAUACCAUACUUCUUGUUGAGUAGAUUAGAGUUCACAUUUCAAGACAAGCAAAGGGAAGGUGUGAUUUAAUUGCAGUCACGUUUAUUUGCAGUUUCUAUACACACUUUCUAGGUAAUCAAACUUUUCCGACACAUUUUUGAGAGGGGUUCACAAUGAAACUGUCACCGUUUUUACUAAAAAUAAAUACAAGACUUAAAGUGUUGCACAGCUCUAAAAUAUACAAAGGCUUGGAUUUAAUGUAAACUUUGAAAACAUUUUACAAAAGAAACCAUCUUUGCAACAAUUUAAAAAGUUCAUAUUUACAAAUAUUACAAAAAUACAAAAUGGAUGCAAGUCCAUAAACCAUUGUCUUUUCUGCCAGCAUGAACUGGUGCUAGUACCAAAAUAGUUACACUGUAACCUUCUUAAUUUUUUUUUAAAUUCUUUAAGUCAUAACCUACAGUAUUUCUCUAUAUCUGCCACCACUGCAGCAAAUGCACUCAAUCACUGACCUUUGGCAAAAGCACAUAUAUGCUUUAUUUGCUACAACUAUUCCAUCUCCUCUAUGCUGCCACAAGAAAAAAAAAAAAAAAGAAAAAGAAGAAAAAGGGGGAAAUGUUAUUUUUCAGAACAUACAACUGUGUAAUUUCUUUAACAUCAGUGCAAACAACAGAACAUAGGUUGAAAUGAUGGUUCACUGGUUGCCUAAUGCAUGUGCUGUACCCUGUUUCAAGAUAUACAAUGUUCCCCUCGACAGCUUGUCCUCUGACCAUUCUGUAUGUGAAGUACUGCCUCACAAUUGGUUUUUAGUGUUUAGAUAUUGAUAAAUGGCAUCUGAAAUUGUUGAUUGGUAAUAAAAAGUGUAUCACCAAUGUCAA